UAGAGAGUAGAGACAGAGUAUUAGAGACAAUAGUACGCCACAAAGACAAGGGUCAAUAGUCAAUACAAAGCUCCAAAAAGGAACCUGUGUAGUGUGUACACAAACCUUUCCUAGUUCCUUGCUACGACACGAGUGCUGUAUGUCUUCGAGGUUCAAACUCCAACCUAAGACAUUUCAGAUUGCUUUAAAUCUAUUCGUUCAAUUUUUCAAUCCAACCAGUUGUGUCUCAAUUAUGUCGGACAUCACUGUAACAUGUUCUUUAGUGUUGUUAAAAUUCAGUUAGUAAGUGCACGCUUAGUGUUCGAUGUUUUGCUUCACUGAACAUUUUCACAUUUUGGGUUGCUUAACUACAUUGGAAACGUGGGCAGCUACUUGUUUCUACUGCCUCUCUUUUCAAAACUCUGAUCAUGGUGUCCAUGCUUGCAAGGAAAUGCGCUUCCUUACACAGCCAACACUCGCUCUUGAGGACACUCAAUCUCUGCUUCAAGUCCCUUUCCACCACCAUUCCUGAUAAUAAGGACGAUGAGGCUGCCGUGAGCUCUCCCUCUGUGCCACCUUCUGAAUGUUCUAGUAGCCUUCAUAUUUCCCCAUUUUUCUCCCAAUUCAAUCAUCCCACUAGUGGAUUUGAUAUCGAACUUGUGGAUCGUGAUGCUUGGGGGAUCUCAUCUGGGGUGGCACAAGCCUGGCGCGCUGCUUCAGAAGCUAGUUCUGCUGAUAAGCAAGCGACCAGUGAAGACCAGCGACAGAAUGAGGUUGAGGGUGAACUUGAUUUUGAAGAGUUAGACAACAUGAGAAUUCGUGGCAAUCUGUUCUUUAAGCUUGAGCGCAGUUCCAAGGAGUUUGAAGAGUAUAAUUUAGAGUUUCAUCAGAAGAAAUCUAACAAGAAAAAAAACAACCAAAAUGAAGAAAACAAGGCUAAAACAGAAAACAAGGCAAAAGCAACUUCAAAUGUGACCCCCAAGGAUCAGAAGGUUCCCAAAGUUCGUGAACUCACAAGAAGUAAUAGUGUUAUUGAACCUCGGAUGGAUGAAACCAAGGAUGUGUCUCCAUUGAACAAGAGACAGAGGAAUCCCACUUUUAACCAGCUUACAGGUCCUUAUCAUGAACCAUUUUGCUUGGACAUUUUCAUAUCAAAUGCCUCUGUUCGUGCUUGCAUUAUUCACAGGGUAACUAGCCAGGUUGUUGCAGUGGCACAUUCCAUUUCCAAGGAUAUCAAGUUUGACCUGGCUAAUUCAACCAAGAGUAAAACCACUUGUGCUGCCGUGGGGGCAAUUCUGGCUCAGAGAGCUUUGGCUGAUGAUAUUCAUGAUGUGAUUUACACUCCAAGGAAAGGGAAUAGGGUGGAAGGGAAGCUUCAGAUUGUUCUUCAUUCUAUCAUGAACAAUGGCAUUAAUGUCAAGGUAAAGAUUAAACAAAGACAGAAGAAGUCCUUCAGGCACAUUUGACCUAAGACGCAUGCCUGUUCGGUUGGUUAUGUGUGAUGAAUUUUAGGGGAUUUGAAUUCUCUUAUGUAUGCUAGCUAAGGUAGAAUUUGAAACAUUUUGCAACUGUGAACUUGUACCAAUUUAUAUUCCACCUUUGCAAUAUGUGAAUAAGGUUCAUAAACUAAAUAAAAUUGCAUGUGAUGAUUAAAGUA